GUUUACCGGAAGCAGGAAGUACUUCUUGCAAAAUGGCGACAUUAUUGAAUCUUUCCUGACGUGUCAGGCGAAGUAUCGUUACGUGUUCCUAAACAUUGAUAUGUUUUGUAACUAAAUGACGGAUAUUGCUUUAAUGCCCACCACUGAAUAUUCAAAGAACCCGUUCGAGUAAAGGUUAUUGACGCUUGCUUGGAAAUCGUCACAAGAAUGGUUCGCAUUUUGAGUAAUGGUGAUAUUGUCCCUGAUGACGACCCCAGGGCGAGUCAGGCAUCGAGCAGGGGAGGAAAUUCUUCAAGGCCACAGCCAAGACAGGGCUAUGUUCGCCAUGAUGAAGAUGCUCAGCAAGGGAUGAAUGGCCAGCAAGUUUCAAUAUUUGACUCCUUAAACCAAAGACUUCUAGCAGCAGGAAUUCCUCGGUUCAAUGUGGGCCAGAUGACUGUGGAGCCGAUCGUGUCAGUCGGAUUCUGCCUGGCUGGUCUCCUGCUUGGCGUAAAAGGACUACUGUUUGGUGCUGUGUUGUUCUUUGUAGCUAAGAUGAGCACUGGUAAUGGCAUUCCUGGAUUUGGAGCUUUUGGGGAAGGGGGAGGUCAAGGUGGUGGAGGAGGUCAAAGACAGGGCAGGGGAAGGGGAUCAGGGCAGAGGUUAGGCAGGUAGUAAAUGGGUUGGGGUCAAACUGAAAUAUUGUUUUAUUCCAUUCAUAAAAUGCAAAAUGAUAAUGCAAUAUUUAUAUAUGCAGACUAAAAAAAUUUUGAAUUGUUAUGCAAUUACAAGGGAAUUAUAUUUGAAUGUAGAUGUAAGUAGUGACUUACGAUAUGCUUUUAUCAGUAAAGAUGGUUAUCACACAGAAAGAUAUUCAUCUUUUUUUCCUCUGUUUUGAACUGUAAUAACAUCAUUUUUGAUCAUCUUUGACAUGAUCAAAAUGAUGCAGAUUAAGAAUAUAUUGAAUUGUUAUACAAUUACAAGGGAAUUACAUUUGAAUGUAGAUGUAAGCAGUGAUUGUAUUUACCUGGCCGAUAUGUUUUUAUCAGUACAGCCCAGCUUAGGUUGCAUACUUCCGCUAUUGAGUUGAGUAUAGAAAUCAACUAAAACUCAAGGACAGUAUGUGGUUUAUGAAUUUGGAAGCAAUUAGAAUAGUUGGUUUCAGGACAUAAUACGUAAGUUUAUAUUGGAGUCUAUUGUAGUUUCUUUUGUAUGAAACAUUUUGAACACUAAUAAAAUAUAUCUACAAAUCUA